CAGGAGGCAGUGUCAACUCUAAGCUUGUCUCCAGUAUGAAGCUUUAUCCUCACUCAGUCUAUCAGCUCGCCUUCCUGAGCCUCUGCUGUUUACUGAUCACAGUAAGAGACUCAGACAGUUCAUUUGUCCCGGGAAGAUGUUUGUGUCCAGAGACGCAAGCAGGUAUCAGAGGGCAUCUGAAAGAGCUCACAGUCUUCCCAAAAAGCCCCAGCUGUAACAAAUUCACAGUCAUAGUAACACUGAAGAACAAUCAACAAGUGUGUCUGGAUCCAGAGGGAGCAAUGGGCAAACAGCUCAUUCGCUGCUGGAAAAGAUCUCAUUCGAUGGGUCGUGAUGCAAAGCUGUGCCUGAGGAGGAGGAGGAGAGCGAGAGGUCAGCGUCAGAGGCCUCGACAGAGGAGCCGGGGUCACAGCAGAAAAGCCUCAGCCUUGAAAUCCCAGUAGUCAUUCAGCGUAAACGAUGCAAAGCUUCUUCAAGGACAAACAUGUGCACACACGGACUCUUCCCACGUGGGUGGAUGCCACUGGCCAUUAAAAAAAACAUGGCAACAUGCUACCACUUCUUUCUAUAAACAUCACACAGCUCAACCUAACGCUACCUUUAAUUGCUGUCUGGGCUGCAAAUCAAACUUGUUUUACAACGACAGCAGCUUUCAUGAAACUGACUUAUGUAAUGUUGAAAAUGAAGCCCUGGAGGCUUGUUUUAUACUGUUUUAGCUUUAAGUGGACAAUGUAUUGUUCAUGUACUGUAUAUAGUUCUGUGCAUACAGUUGGAAAAUCUAACAGCAUUUCAUUAUUUAUUUUUGUAUGAAUAUGGACAUUUUUCAGACAGUCUUUUUAAAAUAAACAGGCCUAUGUCAGAAAUAUAGUGUGACUGGGU